AUAAACAUCAUUACAUUUGGAUACAACGAGCUCUGUUUACAAUUACGAAAUUGUUAGUCCUUACGAUAAGAUCCAACGAUGAAUCCAGAUCUGACUGAGGAACAGAUUGCUGAGUACAGGGAGGCAUUUGCCCUCUUUGAUAAGAGCAAUACCGGCAUGAUCAGCAUUCGGGAGUUGGGCAACUUAAUGCGAUCACUCGGACAGAAUCCAACAGAUGCAGAACUUAGGGAUCUUGUCAAUGAGGUCGACACUACAGGCAAUGGCUCGAUUGAAUUUGUCGAGUUCUGUAAUCUGAUGUCCAAGCAGACGGCAGACAACGAUGCCGACGAGGAACUUCGCGAGGCAUUUAAGAUCUUUGACAAGGACGAAGACGGUUUCAUAUCUCCAGCUGAGCUGCGUUUUGUAAUGGUCAAUUUAGGCGAAAAGUUGACAGACGAGGAGAUCGAUGAUAUGAUACGUGAGGCGGACUUCGACGGCGAUGGCAAAAUCAAUUACGAAGACUCUAGUGCUGUACGAAAUUGAUAGUCCUUCCGUAUAUAUUCAAAAAUGAAUCCGGUCGAACUAACUGAAGAACAAAUUUCAGACUUUAAGGAAGCCUUUCUUCUCUUUGAUAAGGAGAAUACUGGUUUGAUCAACACUCGUCAAUUGGGGAAUUUAAUGCGGUCUUUGGGCCAGAGUCCCACCGAUGUUGAGCUUAAAGAAAUGUGUAAUGAAAUUGAUCCCCUUGCCUCUGGGCAAAUUGAUUUUAAUCAGUUUUGCAACGUCAUGGCGAAGCAGACACAGGAAAACGAUUCAGACGAGGAGCUCCAGGAGGCGUUCAUGAUCUUUGACAGGGACGAGGACGGCUUCAUAUCUCCAGCUGAGCUGCGCUUUGUGAUGGUUAGCUUGGGCGAAAAGUUAACCGAUGAAGAGAUCGACGAUAUGAUACGUGAGGCGGACUUCGACGGCGAUGGCAAAAUCAACUACGAAGAGUUUGUCUAUAUGAUAGCACAGAAGUAACAGUUUCCCUUCAGAAUUGUUUAUUUUUCAGACUAUUUAUUUGCUCACAAUUAGGCACUAAAACAAAUUAAAGCUCUUUGUAACAGGAAACGUGGUUCAGAGUGUUGCUUU